GCUCAUUAGCAUAUCAGGCGCGCCCCGGCUAACUGCUCGUCUAUGGAGGGCGCUCUGUAUUGUCCUGGGAACCCCCAUGGUUGGACCAUUCAGUGGAUUCAUUACUGCCAUAUGGCUCCCCUACAAAAUAAUGGCCAAUAUGGUCAACUAUUAAGAUGAAUAAACAGCAGGAGCAACAGGCGACUUAGUUAACUCUGCAGAUGUAGCAGAGCCGACACUGUUACCUCACACACUGGACUGCAGGUUCCUACUGAAAUGACAGCUUCAGGACAGUACCCCACCAUGCUGCCUGCAGCUUGGACAGGACCACAGCACAGCGCUACACACAGGCAAGGAUGAAGGUAGUUCCCAGAUAAGUCGUCCUGGUCCCUUGGCAGAAAAACAGCCCCAAAGCAUGAUGUUUCCACCCCCAUGCAUCACAGCUGUACAGUAUAUUCGGUCUAGUGUAUUCCAGUUGCGUCUUCAUUACAGUGCUCCACGUAGGACCUGACUAAUGAAUAUUUCUGCCAUCGUUGCCGUUCUUGCUGUAGCUCUUCUGGAAACCAGCAGCAAUGCUCUGGAACCACCAGUGGAACUACAACUACAGCUGAAGACUAGCCUCCGAGCUCCUCUAAACCCAAGAUUCCUUUCUGUAACCAUUGAUGCCAGUCUUGCCUCAGAAGCUAAGUAUAUUGCUUUCCUUGGAUCCCAGAAACUUAUCACUUUAACAAGUGGCCUUUCUCCUGCCUUCUUGAGAUUUGGAGGAACAAAAUCAGAUUUCCUUUUCUUUGAUCCAGCACGAAAAGCAUCAACAGAAGAAAACAUUACCUGGAACUUCGCAGUAAAGCAAGAUGUGUGUGAAGGAAGCAAAGUUUCCUCCUCUGUGCAGCAGAAGCUGUGGUCUCAGUGGCCAAGUAAGGAACAAAACAUUCUCAAAGAGGAUUUUUCUGAGACCUACAAAAAUGCCACAAUUACAAAGCACACCAUUGACCUCCUCUACAGAUUUGCCAAUUGCUCAGGCCUUCACCUCAUAUUUGGACUAAACGCUUUAAUGCGGAAUAAAUAUGAUCACUGGAACAGCUCCAAUGCCAAGUUACUGAUUGAUUACUGUGAUUCCAAGAAGUAUAAUAUGUCCUGGGAAUUAGGCAAUGAGCCCAACAGCUUUAAGAAGAAGUCUGGAGUGUACGUUAAUGGCACCCAACUUGGCAAGGAUUUUAUUACUUUACAUGACCUUCUUAGCAAGUACAGCAGGUACAGAACCUCGGGUCUCUUCGGCCCAGACAUUGGCCAGCCUAAGAAAUCAUCCCAAAAGAUGCUGAAAAGCUUUUUAAAAGCAGGAGGUAAAUUCAUCAAUUCUGUUACUUGGCAUCACUAUUAUAUCGAUGGUCGAACUGCAUCUGUAAAAGAUUUUGUGAACCCUAAUGUUUUGGACACUUUAUCUUCAGAAAUAAAGACCGUGUUAAAGAUUGUAAAUGAAACGGUUCCUGGAAAGUCAGUCUGGUUGGGUGAAACCAGCUCAGCAUAUGGUGGAGGAUCCCCAGGAUUAUCAAAUACAUUUAUUGAUGGUUUCAUGUGGCUAGACAAGCUGGGACUGUCUGCUAAACUGGGAAUUGAUGUGGUUAUGCGGCAGGCCUUGUUUGGUGCUGGGUCAUACAAUUUGGUGGAUUCAAAUUUUGAACCUUUACCUGAUUACUGGUUGUCACUGGUGUACAAGAAGCUUGUUGGAUCUAUUGUACUGAAUGCCAGUGUAAGAAGUUACAAAAAAUUUAAUAUGACAAAUAUUAGGCUUUAUCUUCACUGUACAAAUAUUAACAAUCCUAAAUACAAAAUGGGAGAUGUUACAUUGUUUGCAAUAAACUUGAACAACCAUACUCAGAAAGUGCACUUACCAAGCUUCCUGUCUGGAAAGUAUGUGGACCAAUAUCUCCUUUCCCCCGGAGAAGGAGGACUACUUUCUUCAACCAUCUUGUUGAAUGGAGACAUUUUAAAGAUGGAGGAUGAAAAAACGUUGCCAGAUUUGAAUGGGAAGCAGCUGGAUCCAGGCUUACCUCUUAUUCUACCUUCUAUGAGCUUUGGAUUCUUUGUUGUAAAAGGUGCUAUGGCCAGUGCUUGCUUAUAAGUUCUCUAUAAAGAUCUAAGAUUAUUAUUUUACCAGAUUAAUAUUAUUUUCAUCUCCUCAGGUAAACAUUUUUUUUGCUGCUAUAACUGAAAUAAAAAGA